UGACAGUUUGCGAUGAGUCGAACGGGAAAAUUGCUCAUCAAAACAUAUUCACCGUCGCAGAACAACAAUAUUGCAGCAAAUCGGACUAAUUGGAUUGAAUUCGUCCCGUUUUUGCCGUAAGGCAAACAGAGCAUCGCAUCGUAAUGGCUAUUUUCGAGUGGCGCAAGUUCAACUUUUUCGACCUCCGCCAGGGAGUGGAUAAAGAUAACGUAUCCGGGGCGUUGCAGGGCGCAAAGAUUACUGCAACGGCAAACGGCACCAGCUUGAUAGUGAUUUGCGAUUCCAACGGGUACAUUCACACAUUUAGCCGCACUUGGUCGGUGAUUAGCUUCAAGGGCCACGAAGGCUCGAUACUGCUGUGCGACAUAGCGAAACCGAACAAUCUGCUCGUGACGGUCGGGGAAGAUAUCAACGGUCCGUCGUUCAAGGUGUGGAACCUGUCGAAGCUGUCCGCAACGAACGGUGCACAAUGUUUGCGUACGGUGCGCACGAUGGUAUCGGUCCCGACGGCAUUGGCCGUCUCGGAGGGCGGCCAGUUUAUGGCGAUCGGAUUUGCCCAGGGCAACAUAUCACUGUACCGCGGGGACAUUAGCCGGGAUCGAUCGAAAACGCUGAAGCAGCUUACGGCCGGCACGAGCGACAUUGUCGGCAUUGCGUUCAAGCACUGUCACAAGCACACGCAAAUGUUUGUCUGCUCAAACUCGGGCGUGUAUCUGUACAAUCUGCACAGCCGCGAUAAGGAGAUCCGCGUGAUACUGGCCACUAUGAAAAAGCCGGUCGGUUGCUGUGCGCUGCAGACCGGUCACAACGAGGGCCACUUUAUGGUGGGGCUGGACGAUGCAGUGUACUGCUACACCUCGGACGGUCGCGGCCCGUGUUAUGCGCUGGAUGGCAACAAGACACUGCUGCACUGGUACCGGUCCCAUCUGCUUGUGGUGAUGCGCAACCCAAGAAGCCCGGGCGGCUUUAACCUGACCGUUAUUGACAUACAGAACAAGUUCAUCGUGUUCACCACGCCCAUCGAGGAGGUGUCGGCGAUUCUGACCGAGUUCGGCACCUGCUACAUUCUGACCGAGGGCAAACAGGUGCUCCAUCUCGACGAGAAAGAUCUGCAGAGCAAGCUGAACGUGCUGUUUAAGAAAAAUCUGUACGACAUUGCGGUACGCAUUGCAAAGUGCAACCAGUACGAUGCGGAAGGUUUGGCGGGCAUUUUCAAGCAGUACGGUGACCAUCUGUACAGUAAGGGCGAUUUUGCCGGGGCGGUGGAACAGUACGCGAAAACCAUUGGCCACCUGGAACCGUCGUACGUGAUACAGCGCUUCCUAGACGCCCGGCACAUCCACUUUCUCACGGACUAUCUGCAAACGAUACACGCGCAGGGCCGCGCAACGGCGGAUCAUACGACGCUGCUGCUGAACUGUUUCACACGGCUCGAUCGAACGACGCAGUUGAAGGAGUUUUUGAAAAACGAUCAAAAGUCGAACCUGUUCGAUAUCGAUGUGGCGAUCAAGGUGUGCCGCGAUGCGUCGUACGUCGACGAAGCGCUGCAGCUGGCCAAAGCGCACCGGAAGCAUGACGCUUGCUUGAGCAUUCUGACGGAAGAUAUGGGCCAGUUCGAGGAAGCGUUAAACUACAUCGAAUCGCUUGCGUGUGCGGACGCGGAGCGUAGCAUAAAGCGGUACGGGUCGGUGCUGAUGAGCAAUUGUCCGACGAGAACGAUUGCGCUGCUGAAGAAGCUGUGCACGGAAUAUGCAGCGAACAGAAGCUCGACACCGGGCCGGGACGCUCUCACGGUGGCGGAUCUGUUGGCCGAUCUGAACAUGAACGAUGAGCGUGGUCACGGGAACCCGGAAGACUUUAUUCACCUGUUCGACGAUACGGAGCUGUUGAUCGACUUCCUGGAGCAUCUGGUGCGCUUCGUGCCCGCCAGCAGCCAGUGCGUGUACAGCACGCUCAUCGAGCACUAUCUGUACAAAUGGAAGGAAAGUGCCGCGGUGGAGGGAAAGCUGCUGGAUCUGUUAAAAUACAACACGGACCGGUACGACAAAAACCACGCACUGGCACAGUGUCGCGUGCACGAAUUUUGGCCCGGCGUUAUGUAUCUGUACGAGGAGGACAAGCUUUACCAUCUCAUCGUGCGGCACUACCUGCGGCAUCGACAGUACGACGAGCUGUUGACGUGCUGCCGCAAGCUAGCCCACAACGAUGCCUCCCUGUGGCUGCUCACACUAAACGGCCUUAAGAACGAUGCGCAAGCUCCGGCGCACCUGUUUAACCAGAUUUUGCAAGUGAUUUCACAAAAAAGACUUCAAGCGCCGCUGCAAGUGCUGGACUGUUUGGCGGUCGAGCACGGUCCCACCUUCCUCUCGGUGAAGGAUUAUUUCGCGCAGGUGUUCCAGAAGGAGCAGGACACGAUCCGCAGCGAGGAGGAGCAGGCUCGAACCUACCGGGAAGAGUCGGCCUCCAUCAAGCGCUACAUCAAGCACCUGCAGGAGGGCAAUGUGGAAUUUCAGAACACGACCUGUGAUGCCUGCAAACAGCCACUGUCGAUGCCGGCACUGUUUUUCCUCUGCAAACAUUCCUACCAUCAAGACUGCAUUCGAAGCUACACCGAUACGGAACGGGAUUGUCCGGUGUGCAACAAGAACAACAUACAGCUGAUCGAGGCACUACGGGCGCAGAGUGAGGCGCGCGAUCAGCACGAAAUGUUUCACGAUCUGCUCGACCGCUCGCCGGAACCGUUUUCCGUGGUGGCAGACUACUUCGGGCGUGGCCUGUUCAACAAGCUGCUUAUCGUCGAGGAAGGAGAUCCACAGAUGGAUAUUGUGGAACAACCGAAACCAACCGACAGAGCAAAGGGUGCUGCUGCGACGUACGAACCGCCACGCACUGUCGUACCGCAGCCGGCUGCUCCGUACGCCAGCGAAGCGAGACUCCGCCAGGACGAAGGCCGAUCGACACAGGUUCGAAUCGAAUCGCAGGAAAGCGAAAUGCGCCUCCGGUUAAUGGAACAGGAGCGUAUUAGGCAGCGCCAGCAGGCGGCCACAAUCGCACAGCAGCAGAUGAGGCUGCGCGACGAACGCAGUCCGAAGAUGCAAUCCCCUUACGGCAGUCCGCGACCGACGGCCGUGCCCGAUCUGAGCAAACAGCUGAAUCCAUUCGAAAAGUCGCACGCGUCGGCAGCAGCGAAGCAGCCCGUCGUCAGUGCGAAAGAUAUCGCCAAAAUCCCGAUCGCCACCACGGCACGUAAUCCGUUCGAUGAGGACGAAGCGGCCGGCUAUGACAAUACCAAAAAUCCGUUCGACGACGGAACGCAGCAAGGUGGGGCAUCGGUGGGAAAACCACAAACGGUUGCUAAAAACCCCUUCGAGGAGGAGUACGACAGUAAGUUGGAUCCUUUUGCCGAGUAAGUAGAGUGCGCUUUUUCGCCGGGAGGAAUUACUGCUGCAUCGUUGAGCCAUGGCACGUUCCCCGUAUUUAUCCCUUCAGUUAAUACAUAUAUAUACAUACAUGCAAUAAACAAAAGCUAAACGUCUUACAA